CCAGCGUCGGAGCGUUCCGCCGUUCCGCCGGAGUAGGUAUACCAGAUUAGUGAUUACCAGCUCGUCUCGCAAGUAGCGACCACUACUACCACUACCACUGUCAGCUCCCACCGCUUUGCCUUACCACCAUGUGCUAACGCAGUAACACCGUGGUUUGCCGUCGUUAUCGUCGUCGUCGUCGUCACUCGUCGCAACAGCAGCGCAGCGUUAUUACUCACCCCGGGCAACAGCAUUAAGUGAACAGAUACCGCAAAGCCGACGAGAAUCGAUCGUGUGCACACCCGGACGACGGCGACCACCACAGCGAAGAACCGUUCCCAGGACUGAACAGAAGACACCGCUGGACAAAAGAAAAAAAUUUUGCUACAGCAGCUCUACCUACAGCCAACCUACAUUUAUAGUAUCCUACUGAUAUUUCAAGCAUCCUUAAAUAAUUUGCUUCAAGGAAAAUUAUAUCAAGUCAUCAGCUUAGUUUAAUUUACUAAGUUAUAUCUUCCUUUUUUCAAGACUUAAUUUUAACGCACACUAAACACUACAUCAAAUAUGUCUUCUUGGCAAGAUUAUGUUGACAAACACCUUAUAGCAUCUCGAUGUGUUACUAAAGCAGCUAUUUCAGGUCAUGAUGGAUCUGUAUGGGCCUCUUCAGAUGGAUUUAAUGUUACCAAGGAAGAACUUAGUAAACUAAUUGCUGGAUUUGAAAACCAAAAUGUUUUGGCUGCUUCAGGUGUAACGUUAGCUGGCAGUAGGUUCAUUUAUUUGUCUGGUACCGAUAAAGUCAUUAGAGCAAAGCUAGGUAAAGUGGGCGCACACUGUGUAAAGACCCAACAAGCCGUUGUUGUCUCAUUAUAUGAAGACCCAAUUCAACCACAACAAGCUGCCUCUGUUGUUGAAAAGCUUGGCGAUCAUUUGGUUGCCCAUGGGUACUGAACAUGAAUUACAAAAAUGGUUAAUAUGCUUCAAAAAUGGAAGAAAAAAAAAAUUCAAAAUUCAGAUUAUCAAGAACAACUAAAAACUAUAAGAUAUGGCAUUUAAUAUAUUACAUUAAAAUAACCAAAUCUCAAUUACACCCAAUGAAAUAAAUGUUUAUAAUUUUGGGAGAAAUAUAUUAGGUUUAUAUAUUUAUUUAUUUUUAUUUAUUUUUUAAUGGAAUACCAAACAACUAUUUCAUUAUCUUUUAUUAUAUUUUAUUUCUGAUAAGAUUUUGAUCCGCUGCUUGGGAACUAUAGAUUUGUUUAACAUAAUUAUUGUUGUUUACAAGUCUCAGAUAUUAUUAUUACUACCAAAGAUAUUAAACAUAUGGAUGCAGCAUUGACUAUCUACACUGUGCAUAGAUCUUGAACUYCAACUUAGUUAGCUUCACGAUUUUGGAUCAAUACUGCAUUCAUAUGUUUGACAUCUUUAAUUACUACUUAAUAAAAUUAUCUUCAUUACCUUAAAAUUGUUAUACAAACUUAGUGAAUACAUUGAAUAUUGUCUMUAAAUUAUAAUUUGAUUAUCAGCUAUUGCUAAUAGUCAAAUGUAUGAUUUAAUUUUACUAUCGUCAGUUUUUUUUUAGACAUCCUUGAUUCAUGUUUAUAUUUUUCUACUAUUAUAUACAAAUUUAAUUUAAAAGAAAAUCUUAUUUUCUUUAUUUUUAAUGUUUUUGCUUUAUACUUGUUAUGAUUUGCACUUUCUACUGUUUCAUUUAGAAACAGUACCUAGUUAGAUAUUUAUACAAAAAUCCAUGACUUGAACAAAAAAAAAAUAGUAUGUACCUAACAAUUAAGUGUUUUGUAAUUUGUUUAAUAUUUAAUUGGCUGUGUGGUGUCUUUAUUUAUGUUUAUUAAUUAUUUGUAAACAUUUCUAUAAGCAAUAAUAAACGUAUAGCUUUUUAUACCAA